GGUUCACAGAAAGUAUGCGUUGAGUCACCUGGAGGACAUGAGCUUCAGCUUUCUGACUCAUGCAUGUCCUUUGGGAGCAAUUCAAUAAAGAUAGAUGUCUCAAAUCCACAGCCUAUUCAUCUGAAAGCCGAGAAAUAUCUUCUCAAAGGUCUGAUAAAUGUGGAAUCUAGUUCAACCGAGAUUGAGUCUGAAUUGCCAGAGAAUUUCAUUGUUGAUAUUCAAGACAAGGAAGGACAUGUUAUCAACAGUAUUGCUGCCAAACUUACAUCUGAUGGGCGUGGCGUUUAUGAGUACUAUACCUGGGCCAGCCUUGGUGAAAAGAUAAGCUUUGUUCCUCGAGAUUCUAGGGGCAAUGUGGAGAAGAAGAUGUUGUUUUAUCCUAAAAAGUAUCAUGCUGUAGUGUCAAAUGGCGGAUACCAAGCUUCAGUUUCUCCAUUUACUGGUCGGCUUGGUCUUUACAUACAAGGAUCGGUCUCUCCUCCUCUUCCUGGUGUUAAUAUCAAUGUUUCCGCUGCAAAAGACAGCCUGAUUUCUUCACUUAAGAAAGGUGAAGUAGCUAUUGAAACAAGCACGUCAGCAGAUGGUUCAUUUGUUUCCGGGCCAUUGUAUGAUGAUAUAACAUAUGCCACAGAGGCUUCAAAGCCUGGCUACCAUAUUAAAAGGCUAGGACCAUAUUCCUUCUCCUGCCAAAAGCUUGGUCAGAUCUCUGUGCGCGUAUACUCAAAGGACAAUGGCGAGACGUUAAUCCCUUCGUUGUUGUUAUCAUUAAGUGGCGAUCAUGGUUACAGAAAUAAUUCUAUAUCUGGCGCUGGUGGACAAUUUGUAUUUGAUAGCCUAUUCCCUAGAAAUUUCUACUUGCGUCCCCUUCUUAAGGAAUAUUCUUUCAAACCUUCAACAAUGGCAAUAGAACUUGGUUCUGGGGAGUCCAGUGAAGCUGUAUUUGAGGCUACUCGUGUUGCCUACAGUGCAAUUGGUAGAGUUGCUCUCCUAUCUGGCCAGCCACAAGAAGGUGUUGCGAUUGAAGCUCGCUCUGACUCCAAAGGAUACUAUGAGGAGACUACAAGCGAUAUUAAUGGAAAUUAUCGACUGAGAGGGUUACAUCCAGAUGCAACAUAUGUAAUCAAAGUGUCGAAAAAAAUUGGUUCAGGCAACAACAAAAUUGAACGUGCAUCUCCAGAGUCGGUUUCUCUUAAGAUUGGUUACGAGGAUAUCAAUGGGCUCGACUUUUUGGUAUUUGAACAACCAGAAACGACCAUAUUAGCAUGCCAUGUUGAAGGAAAACAAAACGAAGAACUAAACUCGAAUCUGCUAGUGGAGAUCAGAUCAGCCAUUGAUAAAUCUAAGAUAGAGAAUGUCUUCCCGCUACCACUCUCGAACUUCUUCCAAGUGAAAGGCUUACCUAGAGGUAAACACCUUGUGCAGCUUAAAUCCAGCCGUCCUCUUAUCUCACACAAAAUAGAAUCAGAGAUUAUUGAAGUUGAUUUCGAGACAAAUGCCCAAAUCCAUAUCGGUCCACUUCGGUACAACAUCGUGGCGGAUGAUCAGAGUCAGGAAGUGACACCUGCGGCUAUUUUGCCACUGGUCAUUGGCGUUUCAGCAAUUGCUCUGUUCCUCAGCAUCCCAAGGUUGAAAGACAUAUACCAAGCCACGGUUGGGAUUUCGUCUCCCGGGUUCACUGCAUCUGCCAAGAGAGAGCCUCGAAAAGCUGUUGCUAGAAAGACGACGUUCUGAAGAAAUAUUAUUUUAAUCUUCGGUUUUUUUCCUUCUUCUUUGUUUUGUUACAUAUCUUUAGAGUGAAUUUAUUCGAAACUUGCAGAACAAUGGAUACUCCUCUAAUCCAUUUAAAUUUUAGAGAAACAUUUUGCUCAA